GUCAUUUCCUCUCAAAUUUUUUCUCAUGUGCUAUUGAUUUACUGUCAUGUGAGCACUGUCCAGAUCUACUAAAAGAUUAUGCAUUUCUGCCUUUAUUUGUGUGGAUUGAAAUGUUCAAGAGUAGAAUUUUGGUAUGAUUACGCAUUUCUGCCUUUAUUUUGUAUUAAAUUGUGUGGAUUGAAUAUUCCAGAUCUACUAAAUUUCAGGUGUUUAUUUGGUAUGAUUAGUUAUUGUUUACUCUAGAUCAAGCCUCCUUCCAGAUCUACUAAAUGUGUGACUGUGUGUACCACUAAAGAACUAUUACUUUGCUACUAUUUCGGUACCAUUAGACAUUAAUAUGCUGCUAGCAACUAAUACCAUCGCAUUUUGGGUAUAUGCAAAUAUUCAAUAGCUAUUGUCUAUGUGGUAUAUAUGCUUGUUAUUUUGACUCGAUAUCCGCAUAAAUAUUUGUACGCAUAAGUGUUCGUAUCCGCUUUAGUACGUAUUUGUAUCGUAUUUGUACCCGGUAUUAUCCGCGAUUGUAUCCAUAUUCGAUAAUAUCCGUAUUAGAUCCGAACCCGAUUGGAAAAUGUGGGUUAGGAUAUAGGAAAGGUGAAAUCCGACCGAACCCGACCGGUCGAUUUCUUUCUGCAUUUCCUCCGGGCCAGACCACAGAAGGGAAUCUGCACGAGGUGAGCCAGGCUCUGAUACUCGCCAACCAAAUAGCUGAUUUGUUUGUGCGAGUCAGGUGCAAUAUAGGCAAACAAACAGCCACUUACUGUAUUUUUUAUCUCUUGGUUGUGGAAUUAUUGCAGAUUGGUACAUCAAGGUUGAGAUAUAAGCCUAUCCUCCCUUUGGUCACAGGACACCAUUGCCGCUAUGUCCUUUCUGGUCGAAUAUCUCACCCACUUCUCCAAAGAAAGCAACAGCCCCCAAUUUCAGAAAUUCUUUCAUCCAUCACUAAUUCUUUAUAUUGGCAACCGAGGAGGCAAUUAGGUUUAUACAACAAUUUUUGCAUCUAAUUCUGUGUAUUUAGUAUAUUGAUAGAGUACUCAUUUGGUGAUGGUGAUUAUAAUGGUGACCUAGGAGUAUAUUGAUAGAGCAGCAUGGAUGAUGUGAACGUUAUAUGAAUUACUUAUCUGAAAGUUGCUCGAUAAAUUUGACUUCUUGAUACUCCUCAGAAAUGCUAUUAGUAUAUGAUUUUUUGGUGCUUUUGAAAGUUUCAGGCAGGAAAAUCAAAUGAAGCUGAAAAUGCACUAUAUGGGAACCCAAAUAAAUUUGAAAGAUGAAGGAUAACAUCUUGAUUCUGACCGUGCACCUGAUCGUUCCUUGCUGUCCCCUUCACCUGUUUGUGUAUCUAUCAUAAAGAAAAUUGCCUUCAAUCAUUUUAAGGUUGCCUUUAGCACCUAGGGUCCUCCCCUCCAGUGAAGGAAAUAUUGUGGUCCACUGUUUGUCAAUUUCUACAUUGGUGAUUGACUAAUUUCAUGUUGGAUUCAAUUAAAUGAAUAGGUCAACUGGAGAAGGAUGAGGAGAAGUAUGGAUAAGUGGAGUAGCUUUUCUUCCUAGUUGCCUCUAAUCAACAAAACAUGAUUUGGGCAUAUAUUUGACUUUUUUCAUUCUAUCAGCCAAAUGCAAAAUUUUGGCUUUGAAGCAAUUCAACUUUCUUGGAAUUAGAAUCGUCCAAUCUUGUCAUUGGAACCAAAUGGAGAUGAUAAUUUUGAGAGGAGGCAAAGGCUGCUAGUCAGCUCAGCUAGAUCGGGUACUCAUACUCUUCCUUCCCCAAUGCAUACUCCAGUUCGAGACGUCAAGGCCUUGGGUGGAGAUCCCACUGCUGACAAUUCGUCCCUGUACUUCAUUGAUGCUGAUCACCCGUAUGCCACUACCACCGCUUCCAUUCUCACCUCCCACCGCUCCAGGUCGAAGUGGUCACACCUCUCCUCCUUACCCGUGCCCAAUCCCCUCCCGGUCUCUGCCAUCGCGGCAAUCCCCCUCCUGCUCCGGCACCGCCCGAACGUGGCUCUAAGAUUCCAUCUCUUCGCCAUGCGCCACCUGCUUCCCUCUGGCUCCCCUCCCCCACUCCUCCUCUCAGUCUCCGUCACCCAUGUUGCGGCCAACUCCCGCCUCCGCCAUGCUGCACUCUCUGUCCUCGCUUCCACUGCUCACCACUACCCACAUUCUCAAAUCUUCACUGCCCUAGCCGCAACCUACCGUCGCUUUUCCUCCGCCCCCUUUGUCUUUGACCUUCUCCUCCUCGCCUACCUUCGCUCCCGCCAGGACACCAUUGCUGCGACCUCCAUCACUCGUUACAUCCUUGCAGCCGGUGCUCGCCCCCUCCCCUCCACCUCUACUAUCCUCCUCCGUUCCCUCCCCUCUGCCGCCGCGGCCCUUGACAUGUACCAUGAAAUAUACACGCGCCCAUGUUCAAGGAUCAACAGCCAGCUACUGCCGACUGUUCAUACCUUCAACUCCCUCCUCCUCGCUUUCUAUCGUGAAGGGAAGUGCAAUGAUUUCAAGAUUGUGCUCCAGGAAAUGGGCAGAUAUUCCUGCAGGCACAAUGUGUGCACCUACAACAUUCGGAUGGCUGCAUAUUGUGAUUGCAAAGAUAUGGAGAAGGCGCGAGGACUGUGGGAUGAGAUGGUUCAGGAAGGUAUCCAACCAGAUGUUGCCACAUACAACACGAUGAUCAGUGGGUACUGUGGUUCCGGAGAGGUAGGGAUGGCAGAGGAGAUGUUCAAGGAUAUGGAGAUGAGUGUGACUGACCCGAGCGGUACGACAUUUGAAUGGUUGAUUAGAGGGCAUUGUAGGGUGGGGGAUAUUGAUAUGGCAAUGCUUGUGCGUGCAGACAUGAGGAGGAGGGGCUUCCAGAUGGUGGCAGAAGUUGUCGAGGAGGUGGUGAAUGUACUGUGUCAGAAGAAAAGAGUGAAUGAGGCACUAGGUUUUUUGAAGGAAGAGAUGAGGAGGGAAGAGUUUGUGCCAAGUCAGGGAUGCUACGAGGUAUUGAUAAGGGAAUUUUGUGACCAAGGGGAGGUGGAGUUGGCAAUGAGACUCCAAGCAGAAAUGGCUGGUAAGGGAUUCAAGGCUCGCCGUGAGAUAUACCAUGCGUUUGUCUGUGCCUAUGAAAAGACUGAGGAUUAUGGGAUGGCAGAAAGGUUGAGGAAGGAAUUGCUGGUGAUAAGCGAUGAGGGUGAAUGAUAUUUUGCCUUAACUUUACACAGUCAUGCAUGGUUUUUCAGCUCUCCUUGUUGCACUGUAAAAAUCUGGUUGCUUGUUUUUAUCCACUGGAAUAGUCCCAUUAAACUGUGAUGUCAGAUAUCCUUCCAGCAUGCAGAAGUUUCAUAUCCCACAGUCACAUGAUCCAAGAUGCACUGUUUGUUGUUGUUGUGUGGUUAACUCAGUGUUUGUAGAACGCCAACCUCAAUCCAUUCCAAUGAUUUUCUUCGAUUCAUAUAGAUGAAGUAUGGGAAAAGUUUUGCAGUUCAUGCAGUAGAUCAGGCAAGUAGCAAAUUCCAUCCAUGAUCUUCUAUAUGUGGAGUGCAAUCUGUUGAGGUGAAGUUCUUGAUGAGAGGAUGUGUGCGGUGACGAGACAAGAACUUGCACAAAAUAGAAGAAAAGUAAAAUCACAAGAGAGACACAAGGAUUCAAGAAUCUACUCUACAUUUACGUGCUCUUGAGAGAUGGAUCUCUCUUUAUUCUUUUGUCUCACCUAGCUCUCAGCCACGGAGCCAACAAGGCUUUUCAAAUUAGUACCUCUAGAUUGAUUGAUUCUAGACCAACCACCAAGAUCAUGGUCAAGCGAUCAAUCCAAACCUAGGUGUGAUUUUCUCUACAUAGCAACUUCCUAGGAGAGCAAGGAAUUUCACUAUCAUAGGGUUAACUCUUCCUUCUGGUGGCAAGGUGAUGCCUUGUCAAACUCCCUAGGUCAACCACAACGAAUUUGGAAGCUACGGGGUGACGUCUAACUGUCUAGGAGAUUAAUCACUAAGAGUAAUAAGCUCCAAAUACAGCCCAACAACAUCCACGAAUUUUCUCAAGAUCUUCCUAAGACUCCCAUGAAAAAGUCAACCCAAAAUCUCUAGAUUCACUCCUAUGAUCAAGAAAUUAGGUGGGAGUAUGUGCAGAGUUGAUUUUUUUUUUUUAUCGGAUCGAGCAGUUGGGAACACCAAAAGAAACUCUAAAUCUAGCUCAUUUUUGAGUUAGUAUUAGCAACAAUGUAAAAUUGAGAAUAUGUAUUGAGGGCUGUUGGAGAUUACAUUUAGACUAAUUUUCUAAAAAUAAAUUUAGAAGAAGAAAUCAGACACGGUUGGAGAUGCUCUUAGACCUCCCUAGGUAUUCAGGCUGUAGCUAGACCUCCGUAGCACAGUAACAAAAGUCGGAUUAGUGAUCCAACAGGUCAAGCUCCUGGUUCACUGGUUCAUUGGUCUGGGCCGUUUGUCCAGUGAAAUGCUGGUUGAACUGCGGCUCAAAAACUAACACUGCUCUUUCUUCGUAUAAUGACAUUUCUUACUAGCAAACGUGAAGCUUCAAACUCAUCAACCCAGGAUCGAUGAUGCAGAAUGGGACCUAUUUUUGAAGUUUAAUUAUAACAAAUAGGCUUACCAUUACCAAGCUAGUUGACUGGCUCGGUUUGCUUCGGUUCACCUGUUCAUCCCGGAUCAAUUGCAGGGACGGUCUUUCAAACAAACCGAGCCGC